UAACAGUUUCUUUCUGAUCUACGGCUGAUUCGGAUCAUCCAGCCGCUCGGUACUGCCCUCGCUCACUUGUGGCGGCGUCGUCGGUCGUCUCUAAUCGGCCUAAUUUGUGCCUGUGAGUGCCUCGAGGAAGUCGGAUCGACGCAGCAGUUUUGCAAACGACGCGAUCAACGACGGAUCGUGCUCCCUCCAUCGGAGGAUCUCCCGUACUAAUCCAGCUGUACGCACAACGCAACACAGUCGGCGGAAGUCGUCGUCACGCGUCGCGUAGUCCCAAGUGCUUCGCCGGUAGCUGACCUUACCCAAAGUGAAGAAUCUAGACCGAGCGGACCAGCCGGACCUUAACCUCCAGAGAGUUGAGCGUGUCCACCGGAUCAACGCCGGUUACCGCGCCCGCGGGCACCUCUCGCAUAUUUCGUUGAGGCUUGACACUUUAACGCGCUAUUAAUCAAAUUAUCAAUCAAUUUAAAGAAAAAAUGUAAUCAGCAACAAUUCUAAGUGAUUUAUUCAAAUUACGCGUGUACGCCGUGGAAGUGUGGAAGCAGCCGUUUGGAGAAGCUUUUGUUUUUUUUUCGUUCCCAGCGCACAGCGCGGUACCACCCACAAUCGGAUCAAUCAACCACCGGGUUCUUAAGCCGUCUUAUCUCAAACAAGUGACAAGAUGAAUUCUAUCACCCACAUAUAAAAGGAUACAGCCUUCACAACAGUGUUUACUCCGGUUGCUGUAAAAGUGCGCGCCAUAUCAUCCACCAGUAGAUUCACACGAAACAAAAACAAACCGCUCGCCGCCGCCGUCGUCGUAGGUCGGGCUCAAUCUCGAGGCGGCUCCAGUGCUGUGUAGUUGUAGCCCAGGAAAUGAUUCGCAGCCGGUGACACCGAGAUCGCGACCGGUGAUCGCGGAGUGAUAGCGUGCUAAAGUGUGACGCCAUUAGGGACGGUAAAGACUGCACCAGUUACGGGACGAUUUUACGGGUUCAGUGUGUGAUUCUGUGUGUAAAUCUGUGAUCGCGGCCAGGAAAAUUGGUGCAGUUGCCUUUGCCGUGUACAAAUUAGCUUUAUAUGAAGAAAUCUUCCGGGUGGCACCAGCAGAAACAUUAUGCGCGGCAGCAUAGUUGGAAUAGAGGAUGGCCUGACCAGUCCGAAGCCCGGCAGCUGGCACGGGAUGUUCCUGGAGCUGCUAGAUAAUUUGUAUGCCGCGUGCGUCAUCGGUCCCCUCGUGGUCGGUUACUGGCGGGGCACGUGGAACCUGAUGGGCGAGUACAUCUACCCGUCGGAUCUGCCCACCAGUCUGAUGAUCUCGCUAGCUCUCGGGGUCUUCGGUCAUCUGGUUUUCAACAUCUUCCAGGGGCCGCUACGGUCCCACCUGAACGCCGACAAGCAUCGGCUCGUGUACUACAUCGCGUCGCGACUCUACACCGAAAUUUACGGCACGGUAUGUGUCAACACCUGGCGCGGAGGCUGGGAAAUUAUCAACCUGUACACAACGCACAACGUGCUCUACGUAGUCGUGAUAACGCUCUUCUGUGCCGUCCUGCUGGCGCUGCUCAGGGGCCUGCGGAACAUUACCGCGUCACCGUUCGUCGUUGUCAUCGAUUCCCGGCGGGAGUACUUUGACGUGCCGACGUAUUUCAAGCUAUCGGGCUCCAAACAGCCGGGACUGUACAUCCUGGAUUGCAUGUUUUCGGUGCUGGUGAUCGGCUCACUGGUCGUGUUCGUUUGGCGAGGGCUAUGGGUCCUGCUUGACAUGGAACUGUUUCCCGAGGACAAGGCACUAUCGGCGUGGGCCUCCGUGUUGAUAGGCUAUGGUGUGACCGCAGUCACAUUUUCGCUACAGCCGCUGAUGCGAUGGACAUGUGAUCGGUUAACUGGCAUUUGGCGCGUCAUUGUUGCGGAUUUGUUCCUUUUCUUCAGCUUCAUUGGCACAAUCAACGUAUGGCGAGGCGUAUGGCAACUGCUGGACCAUUACUUCCUACCAGAGAAUCGUCUGCUAAGCAACUGGAUAACGCACGUGGUCUCACUGCUGUUGCUGAUUCUGCUGAACUGUUCAAACUCGGUCCUUGUCCGGGGCGUGUACAUCGAUGCCGAAGAACCGGCCGGCCAGUGCGUGGUCUUCCCGGUGUACUACAUCAGGUUGUUCUUCCAGAAGGAACGCACCAAGAAGCAGAAGAAGAUCCUCGAGUCCCUGAACCGGGUGGAGUUUAACAACGUCGUCAUCGUGGACAAAAAACCGAACACGAAGGUCGAACAGAACCACCAAAUCAACCGAAAUCUAGAUGCCGUGCCACUAACGAUAAUCGAUAAUCCUAAGAGCAAUGGUGAUCACAACACGCACGAAAACAAACAGUGACCGAAACAAAACACGCAAACAAUCUAAAUCUACAUAACUUUUCAAUUGGACCUUACAGGAUCGAUCACCGCAAACCUGAAUGGUCCAUCCGCGAAGUUUACCGGGGUGAUUACAUUCGACAAAUUAUGUUCAACGUUUCACGUAGUAUUAUGACAAAAGUAUGUUAGUGAACAUACGAGAUAUCAAGCACGUCAACUCUCGGUACCUGUCGAGAUAUGUCGAACACGUCCGUAAUUUAACGUAUGUUAUUUGUCAUAUGGUAUUGUUAGCUAUUUCAUACAUUUUUGGUUAAUCUUAUAAAUACAAAUUGUCGACAGAUAGCGAAACUUGUCGUGAGAAAAAAAAAUCGAGCGACAAAUCUCGCUACCUGUCGACACCUGUUGAAAGCGUUUGAGAUACCUAUGCCAAAAUCACCCCGCGCGAUUGGCUACUUGUGAGAGUAUUUUUAUAUCUUAAAAUUUGCUGAUGGUAGCACUAAGUGUAAAUUAAUUAGACGAUAAGCACCACCCCUGAUUGGUUAAAAAAAAACAACACCUGGAACAAUGUAUAUAGUCACACUACAAUUCGCUGGAAGCAUUCCACUAAUUUAUGAAUACGUUUUCGUAUGUCUUAGAAUAAUAAAUAUAAAUCUUAAACUUACUCGCAGAAA